ACAAAUUUUAUACUUUUAAAUGAAUUUAAUUUUUAUUAUAGUUAGAAUGGAAAAAAAUAUAUUGGUUAUAGCCAGUUUGAUUCGCGUCUUUCUUAUUUUGUACAGUACUUUUCAUGACAAGUAUUUUGAAGUAAAAUAUACUGACAUAGAUUAUGAAGUGUUUACACAAGCUGCAAAGCACUUAGUUGAUGGAGGCUCACCAUAUUUAAAAGACACUUAUAAAUAUACUCCAAUGCUUGCAUAUUUAAUGAUACCAAAUGUUUUUUUACACAUAUUGUUUGGGAAAUUUUUUUUUUGUGUACUGGAUAUUAUUGUUGCAAUUUUACUUCAUAGAAUUUUGAAUGAUUUUAAAAUAUCAGAAAGAACUGUAACAAAAACAACUAUUGUUUGUUUCUGGUUGUUUAAUCCAUUUACAAUGACAAUUUCUAGUCGCGGAAAUGCUGAAUCUGUUCAAAUGGUUCUUGUUUUACUUGCUCUGUAUUUUUUAAUGAAAGAUUGUAGAUUGAAAAAUGGUGUAUACUUUUUUCUGAAGAAAAGAGUUAUUUUAUUCAGUGCAGUAUCAUUUGGAACUUUUGUUUUUUGUGGAUUGAUUAUGUUUAUGAGGUUUGGUAUGGAGUUUAUUGAAAAUACUUAUUUUUUUCACAUAUUUCGAGUUGAUAUUCAGCAUAAUUUUUCAUUUUAUUUUUAUCCAUUAAAAUAUUUUAAAAACCUUCCAUAUUUUUCAACUUUUAAAAGUAUUGCUUUCCUACCACAACUUGUAACUGUAGUAUGGUUAGGUUUUAAAUAUUCUGCGCAUUUGCCGUUUGCUUGUUUUCUUCAAACAUUUGCAUUUGUAUCAUUGAACAAAGUCUGCACAUCUCAGUACUUUAUUUGGUACAUUGUUUUUCUUCCAUUGGUAUGUCCAUAUUUACAGAUAUCAUUUCAAAGAGCAAUUGUAAUUAUAAUAAGUUGGUUGUUAGGACAGAUUGUAUGGCUUUUUCUAGCAUACUUACUAGAAUUUAAGAAAUACGAUGUUGAACUUUAUGUUUGGAUGGCAUCUUGUUUGUUUUUGUGUAUAAAUGUUGGAAUAAUUCACCAAAUAAUAAGAGCUUUUUCUUUAAAACAGAGAUCAAUUAUUGAGAGUAAGAAACAAUAAGAAAAUCAAGAUUUUGAAAAUU